GCGUGACUAAGCAGCAACAGAAUUGGAACAGCCGCUUCCCCCUGCCCCCUCCCUGCCCGGCGGCGGCAGCAGGCAGUACAGUACAAAUGCACAUGGACUUCCGCGUUAUGGCAUUACUGCUGGGGUGCCGGGGCAGCAGAGGCCUCUGUGCACGGCUUACCUGCAGCCACACUCUCCUCUGUCCCACCAGCUGCCCGGUCCGGCCCUUACACAUAGGAGGGAGGCCCCCAUCCGGCUGCUCCUCCAUCCCCAGCAGCAUCAGGUCUCUGUCUGCCAUCAGCAGAGCGCUCCUGUUACACCCGGCCACUGCAUCCCCGCUCUGCAGCACCCUCGCUGCUCCCAGGGGUGUCACCUGCAGCGCCCAUCGCCGCUGCACCUCCCCGGGCGGCCAGAGCACCACCAUGUCCCAGCAGCAGCUUCCCGGCGAAGUGCCCGACUCGGGUGCUGUGGUCGGGAGUCACCCGAGGCGCCGCCCGCACUGCUCGUUUGAUUAUGUGGUUAUCGGGGGAGGCUCAGGCGGACUGGCCAGUGCCCGGAAGGCGGCGGAGCUGGGAUCCCGUGUAGUCGUGGUGGAGAGCAACAAGCUCGGAGGCACCUGUGUCAAUGUCGGAUGUGUUCCAAAAAAAAUUAUGUGGAAUGCUGCUAUUCAUUCAGAAUACAUACAUGAUCAUGAAGAUUAUGGAUUUCAUGCUCCAGAAGUGAAAUUUACAUGGAAAGUUAUUAAAGACAAACGAGAUGCAUAUGUAAGCCGCCUCAAUGACAUAUAUCAAAAUAACCUUAACAAGGCUCAGAUAGAAAUUAUCCGGGGUCGUGCAACAUUUACAUCUGACCCGGAGCCAACACUGGAAGUGAAUGGUCAGAAAUAUACAGCUCCACACAUCCUCAUUGCUACAGGCGGAAAGCCGUCCAUGCCAUCAAACACAGAGGUGCCGGGAGCAAGUUUAGGAAUUACAAGUGAUGGAUUUUUUGAACUUGAAGAUUUGCCCAGGAGAAGUGUUAUUGUUGGUGCUGGUUACAUUGCUGUUGAGAUAGCUGGGAUUCUUUCAGCUCUGGGCUCUAGAGCUGCAUUGUUGAUUCGCCAAGACAAGGUGCUGCGAACAUUUGAUUCCAUGAUCAGCACAAAUUGCACUGAGGAGCUUGAAAAUGCAGGUGUAGAUGUCUGGAAAUAUGCAGAGGUGAAGUCUGUUAAUAAGACCAGUGCUGGUCUAGAAAUCAAUGUGCAGUGCUCUGUGCCAGGACGCAAACCAACGGUGAGGACGAUACAGGAUGUUGAUUGUUUGCUGUGGGCGAUCGGAAGAGAUCCCAACACUGAGGGACUGAACCUGGAUAAACUGGGCCUUGACUUAGAUGAGAAAGGUCACAUUGUAGUAGACGAGUUCCAGAACACCAGCCGAAAAGGAAUUUAUGCUGUAGGUGAUGUGUGUGGGAGAGCACUUUUGACACCAGUUGCCAUAGCAGCUGGGAGAAGAUUGUCACAUCGAUUGUUUGAAGGCCAAGAAGAUUCCAAGCUUGACUACAACAACAUUCCAACAGUGGUCUUUAGCCAUCCUCCAAUAGGAACUGUGGGGCUCACAGAAGAGGAAGCGGUGAAUGCCAAGGGCAGGGAGAAUGUCAAGAUUUACACUACUUCUUUUUCACCAAUGUACCACGCAGUAACCAGAAGGAAAACAAAAUGUGUGAUGAAGUUGGUCUGCGUUGAUAAAGAGGAAAAGGUGGUUGGGUUGCAUAUGCAAGGACUGGGAUGUGAUGAGAUGUUGCAGGGAUUUGCUGUAGCCAUCAAGAUGGGAGCCACCAAAAAAGACUUUGAUAACACUGUUGCCAUUCACCCUACCUCAUCUGAGGAACUGGUCACACUUCGCUGAAGUCUUUAUUGUGUGCACUGACCAAGAGCCACAGUGAUUACAGCAGAAUCACCAUUGUGCCUCCAUGGAGCUGCCUCCUACACAUCCACUCCAUCCUAAUGUAUAAACCUGUUUCCUGCUUCUGUCAUAGACUUCUGUAGCUCAGCAGAAACCUUUUAAAAGUGCCUUUUAGUUGACUAUUAAAUCAGGAUGGUAUCAUUUUAUUUCCGCAAAUUACUUGUUUGUAGUUCAUUGUUUUAAAGAAAUUAAACUGUAAAUGUUGGAUAAUG